ACCGGAGAGCGCUUCCGCCAGGCUCAAACAUGUCGCCUGUCAGUGACGUCACGGAGCGAAGCAUGGAGCUGAGCGCGGAGCUGACAGGCAGGGACGGCAGCCGGCGUCCGUUCCGGGUGGGCUGUGAGCGGACUCUGCGGGGGCUGCUGGGCGGGCUGGAGCGGCUACAGGGAGAGGUGACCGCGGAGCUGAGCCGCCUGGUGGAGCGGGAGAGGAGCGGAGCUUCUGGAGCAGGUGUAGAAGAGGUGGAGGAGGAGGAGGAGGAAGAAGAGGAGGACGAGGAGGAGGAUGACGACGACAGUGAUGAAGAGGACGGAAAAAACAAUGGGAUUCAUCACAGUGUCCCUCCUGCAAAACGGAAAAAGACUUAGCGACCCCGGGAUCUCACCGGACGGGCACUACGGGUAUCGGACUUCCUGUGCAGCCCGGGAC